AUGCAUCGACUUUUUGCUGAGCUGGAGCCAUCUGUAACCGUCACCGAGCAAAACCUGGCAGACCGAGUUCGGUACAUCAUGCGCUCGAAUACAUUUGAUGUCACCGAACUCGAACGGCUACGACGUGAGGCUGUUCCUUCAUCGGGUGAAAAUGCUGCGGCUGAGGAUGCGGCGCCACAACUUGCUGAGCAAACGGCAAAUUUGGAUGCCACCGUGAAUACGCCAGUUGUGGUUGAUUCAAACGAUAACGGAACAGUCGCCCAGGAACUGGAAUUAGAGCAAAUGAGGAGAACAUUGGAGGAGGCGAUUGUGGAACGAUUGUGUGUUGCGAGACGGACUCAAUUCUUUUGGGCGCCGCACUGGCAGUCUGCCGUAUUAUAG